AUGGCUUCUACGGAUGGCCCAUUCCGGGCCGUUAUAUACCUUCCAACAACGGAGGCGUAUGAUCGAUGGGCUGCAGUCUACGAUACCGACGGCAAUUUCUUGCAGGCUCUUGAUGACUUGGAAAUGAGCAAACUCUUUUCCAAAUUCAGAGCCGCACUAAACCCUUCAGCAAGUCCCAGAAAGCUUGUCGAUCUAGGCUGUGGGACAGGUCGUAAUACUGCACAGUUACUCGGGGUCGAGGACGCCACGGUUGUGGCCCUUGAUGCAAGUCCUGGAAUGCUAGCUGUCGCUGAAAAACGGCUGAACGAUCUCGUCAAAGCAGCACAAGGCGGAGGAGCACAGUCAUCGGGUCAUGAUAAGCUGGCAAUGGGAAUUUUUGAUCUCUUAACUUGCGACAUCCCUCCAGAAACUGCAAGACAAGCAGAUGGAGUCAUCAGUACCUUGGUGCUGGAGCACAUUCCACUCGACACUUAUUUCCGUCACGUCAGCCAAAUGUUGAAACCUGAUGGAGUGUUGCUACUUACAAACAUGCACAGCGACAUGGGCCGAAUCAGUCAGGCCGGAUUUGUUGACACCAUGACUGGAGAAAAGGUCCGUCCCACCAGCUACGCGCAUACUGUUGAGGAUGUGAUCACCGAGGCAAGAAGACACGGCCUGGUAGCGAUCAGUGAUGAAGAGACAGACAGUGCCGGGCUCAUGGAAAGGGCAGUAACUGAGGAAUUGGUUGAACGAUUGGGCUCCCGGAGUAAAAAGUGGGUGGGAAUCAACUGCUGGUUUGGCGGACUCUUAAGAAAGGUAGACGACGCAUCGACGCAGAUUGAAGACGGAGUAUAG